GGAGAAGGGGUGCUUCCUAUAAGAGGGCAUCCAUAAGACUCAUAUCUAAUUAUCAUGGAGGAGGAACAGGUGACGUUCUCUGGUUGACGUGCAAUCCAUGGCAACACCCAACAACAACAACAACAACAAUAGCAUGAGCAUCAACAACUUCCUCUAUAAACAUCAAGCAUGGUUUCCAACACUAGGCAUGGUUUUCUUAACUUUCAAUUCAAUCACAGCCGUUUAUCGUUCCAUCAACGAACCAUGGACGGUUCUCUUCAUCGUUUCAGUUUACGUUAAUGUCGUUCUUCUUCUCUCUUCUGUCCGUAUCAUGGAGAGAACGCCGGAGGGCAAACGAGAUGGCAUCAAGGCCACGGUCUGGUCACUCGCUUCUACGCUUACCGUUAUGUUUUCUUAUAGAGUUGCUCAAAUGAUGCCUUUUGCUCUUGCGGUGAUCGUAUGGCUCAUGGCUUCCGUUACUGUUUUUGGUGGCUUUUAUGCGCUCGUCGUUUACCGCGAAGAACCGGAUCUACCCUACCGGACAAAAGCUGAUGAUAAUGGGCUCAGUGGUGAACCUAAGGCCAUGAUUGAAGUACAAAAUGAGAUCCAAGAGAAUAAGGUUUUAAGGUUAUUGAAGUUUAUUGCACAACAGAGAUUAGGGUUUAAAGAGAAGAAAAUUGUCACAUGAGGAGAUUAGGGGUUAGAGAGAAGAAAAUUGUCAUACGAGAAAACAAAAAAAAGGGUCUUGGUUGGCUGUCCACUUGGAUCAUGAAGGUGAUGAGGUAAGGGAAUGCAAGCAAUAUAACAA